GGCCGAGCCGGGGGGGGGGCUCGGAGGCCGAGGCGCUGCUGCGGCCGUGGACAAGCGUCCGUGCGGCCCGGUCCGGGCCAUGUCCACUUGAAGACGCCGCCGCCGUCCCAGCCCCGGCCCCUGCCUGGCCGCGCAGCGCACCAUGGGCUCCAUCCUGAGCCGCCGCAUCGCGGGGGUGGAGGACAUCGACAUCCAGGCCAACUCGGCCUAUCGCUACCCCCCGAAGUCCGGAAACUACUUUGCCUCACACUUUUUCAUGGGAGGCGAGAAGUUUGACACCCCCCACCCUGAAGGUUACCUCUUCGGAGAGAACAUGGACCUGAACUUCCUGGGCAACCGCCCGGUGCAGUUUCCUUACGUCACUCCGCCCCCCCACGAGCCGGUGAAGACGCUGCGGAGCCUGGUGAACAUCCGGAAGGACUCCCUGCGGCUCGUAAGGUACAAGGACGACGCCGACAGCCCCUCGGAGGACAGCGAGAAGCCCCGGGUCCUCUACAGCCUGGAGUUCACCUUCGAUGCCGACACCCGGGUGGCCAUCACCAUCUACUGCCAGGCGGUGGAGGAGUUCCUGAAUGGCAUGGCCCUGUACAGCCCCAGGAGCCCCUCGCUGCAGUCCGAGACUGUCCACUAUAAGCGAGGGGUGAACCAGCAGUUCUCCCUGCCCUCCUUCAAAAUCAACUUCUCAGAGUGGAAGGACGAUGAGCUGAACUUCGACCUGGACCGGGGCGUGUUCCCCGUGGUCAUCCAGGCCGUCGUGGACGAAGGAGACGUUGUGGAAGUGACUGGCCAUGCCCACGUGCUCUUGGCAGCCUUUGAAAAGCACAUGGACGGCAGCUUCUCAGUGAAACCCUUAAAGCAGAAGCAGAUCGUGGACCGGGUCAGCUACCUGCUGCAGGAGAUCUAUGGCAUCGAGAACAAGAACAACCAGGACACGAAGCCCUUGGACGAUGAGAACGGCGACAACAGCAGCGAGUGCGUGGUGUGCCUGUCGGACCUGCGCGACACACUCAUCCUGCCCUGCCGCCACCUGUGCCUCUGCAAUUCCUGCGCCGACACGCUGCGCUACCAAGCCAACAAUUGCCCCAUCUGCCGGCUGCCUUUCCGGGCCCUCCUGCAGAUCCGAGCCGUGCGCAAGAAGCCAGGAGCCCUCUCCCCCAUCUCCUUCAGCCCUGCCUUGGCCCAGAGUGUGGACCAUGACGAGCACUCUUGUCCCUUUAAAAAAUCAAAGUCGCACCCUGCCUCACUGGCCAGCAAGAAACCUAAAAGGGAAACAAGCUCCGACAGUGUCCCACCAGGCUACGAGCCCAUCUCCCUGCUCGAGGCACUCAAUGGCCUCCGGGCCACCUCCCCAGCCAUCCCUUCCGCCCCCCUUUAUGAGGAAAUCACCUACUCAGGGGUCUCAGACGGCCUGUCCCAGGCCAGCUGUCCACUUGCCGGGAUCGACCGAAUCAUGGACAGCGGCCACCAGAAGGGCAAAGCGCGGAGCACGUCUCCCGACAGCACCCUGCGGUCCCCGUCGUCCCCCAUCCACGAAGAGGAUGAGGAGAAGCUCUCUGAAGCCUCCGAAGCCCCUGCCCCGCUGAGCGGUGUGGAGCUGGCAGCGCAGGACAGCAGUCUCCCCGAGAGUUUCAUAACAGAAGAGGCCGACGAGCGGUCGUCACUCAAGCAAGGGAGCCGGGCACCGUCCAUCGAAAACGUCCUGCAGGACAGCAGCCCCGAACUGCGCCGCCUCGGCCAGCCAGGCCCGCCUGCCGACAUCUACCUGCCAGGAUGCUCCACCUCCCUGGAGACGCCCCGCAGCCUCGGCCCCCCUGGCGCCCCCCGGCCCACGCUCGGCAGCCCCAGUCCCGACCCUGGGGUCUCUGAGUUGACCCCACUCUGAGAACCAGGCCAGGCUGCAGCAGGGAACCCUCAGCUCCCCAGAUCCUGCUGCACGCCCAAGGGGCCGGGGCUCAGAGGGGCUGGGACGACCCCUGAUCAAAGAGCACAGUGGACUGUCCCCUCUGACACCUCUCUUUUUUACGGUCAACAUAUUUGUAAAUGGUACAAGAUGAAGGACAGCAACAUUUUACCCCAUUUCCCGAGUGUCCUGUUGGUAGCGGCCAGCCCCCUGGAGAGCCACAGACCCUGCCCUCGUGUCCCCAGCACUGGCUUCAUCCCGCCCCCUGCCACUGGCAGAAGAGAGUCGGCUGCACGGGAACGUGGUGUCUUCAGUGGUGUCACGGGGGGCUCGGGACCUGAACCAGCCAGUGCCUGACCCAGCGUGCUUGCUGUGGUGGCCCCGCCGGGCACCAGCCACCCUCCCCAGUGCUCCCCACGUGCUGCCCGUGCUGCUGCCUCUCCCCCACUUGGGCCCUGCGGUGGAGGGGCCGCCUCCCGUGGCCCUCCUGCAGGCUGGCGUGGGCACUUGGGGUUACCAGGGAGGGUAGGCGCCAGGCUCGGGGGCUGGCCAACGGGACAGGGCAGCCAGUUGGUUUCCAGUGGCUCCACAUCUUUCUCCCAAGCCCUGGCACCUUCUCAGAGGCCGAGCUUUGCUCACGGUGACAGGUACACCCGCUGCAGAGGGGCUUCCACCAUCCCACCCCCCACCCCCACGGGAAGGACGAGGCGGUGGUGGCUGCCCCAGGGCCCUGGGGUAGCGAUGACCCCCACUUCUGCCUCCCAGGGGUCUGGGCCUGGCUUGGCUCAGCCGCACAGAGCCUGUGAGUGGAGCCCCUCAUUUGUGUGCAGCUCACUGCCCACCCCACCAGGUGACCUGCCCCGCCGCCCACCGCCGGCUGCGUGCCCGCACCCUGCCCACCCAUACAUGCAUGCUCUCAUGCACACACACGCUCACACGCACACACCAGCGCACAGGCUGGCCGUGCCCUCCCGCACCCCCCCUCCCCCCCGCCCCACCAAGGCCUCGGCCUCGUGCCGUUGGCACCUGUGCUUUGUCUGACGGACGCGGGCAGAUUUGCCCAUCUCGGACCGACUCGUGCCAUCAUUUGAUGUACUCUGAUUGGCUAGUUUUUUGUUCGUUUUUACUGUAUAUUUAUAGUAAUAAAAUCAUGGAGCAAUA